UAUUCCUUGACGUACACGUAGCAUGUCCUCUCAUAAACCCCCCUUCCAAACGAGAGAAACUCUCACUCUCAGGUCAUUUCUUCAUCACCCAACAUCAAGCUCUCGUCGCCGGAGAAACCCCGUCACGGCCACCUGAGGGAUUUUUUUUGUUGGUGCUUGUCAUGUCUACGGAACCGGGAGUUGAAUCGGACUCGAAAGCUGAUUUUUCUAAGAAGGCGUCGAGGUCUGAGUGCGGAAUGGCUCACACAUCUGAAACCCUAACUGAUGCUGCGACUUUUCAAGCUCAGCAGGUCCUGGUAGUGAAGCUAACUGGAGUCGAGCGAAAAGACGAUGGGGGUUUUGGUGAGAAGAGAAACCUAGAUGAUGGCUCAGGAGAGAAAGAAUCAGAGUUUGAGAAUCUGGAUGGUGUGGUUUCAGCUGGUUCAGAUCUCCUUAAGAGCAAGGAUAAGAAUGGAUUUGCUAAUCUGAAGCUGUCUAACUCUGAUUUGGUUUGGGCUAAAGUGAGGAGCUAUCCGUGGUGGCCUGGGCAGGUGUUUGAUGCAUCUGCUGCAUCUAAAGUUGCCAAGAAGCACUUCAAGAAAGGAAAGGGAAAUGUCUUGGUUGCGUAUUUUGGGGAUUCUACUUUUGCUUGGAAUAAUGCAUCUCAGAUCAAGCCUUUUCAUCAGCAUUUCUCUCUAAUGCAGGAGCAGAGUAACUCGGCUCCGUUUCUUGAUGCUAUUGAUUGUGCUUUGGAAGAGGUUUCACGAAGAGUAGAGUUUGGUUUAUCUUGCUCUUGUAUCUCUGAGGAAGCCUACAUCAAUCUCAAGACUCAGAACAUAACCAGUGCUGGAAUUCGUGAGGAAUCAAGGGUGAGAUAUGGUGGAGACAAGUUAUCGAAUGCAAUCUCCUUUGAACCUGCAAAACUUGUGGAAUACAUGAGGCGUUUAGCUUGCUUUCCUGACUAUGAUGCGACUGAGAAGCUGCAAUUUGUAAUAAACCGAGCUCAGGUAUUGGCUUUUCAACAAUGGAAAGACUAUUCUCACUUCCUUGACUAUGAAACAUUUGUAAAGUCCAUGGAAUCCGCAGCUUCUCUCCCGAAUUCAAAUACAGUUGAAGGAAUAUCUUCCAAAAAGAGAAAGCCAGAUCACAAGGAAAGGUUUCCUUCUGAGGAUAGGACUGAUGAAAAGACAGAGCAGAAGACUUUGUCAGAUUUGAUUGUAAAGAAACGCUGUGGUGGCAAAUCAACUGAGAAAUUGGAUGGUAAGUCGCUUUCUGAAAAGAAACGUAAAGUUGAGUCUUUGGAAUCUGGUAAGUCUGAGAAAAAGAUCAAGAAUAACCAACAAAAAGAGGACUUUGCAGUGGGUGAUGCUAAUAAACUACAACAGAUGGCGGCUAUACCAUGUUAUGGAAUUGGAGGGGUUGGAGGGGGAAGCGAGAUAAAUUCUUUAACUCCUACACUUCAGCCUUGCAAUGAUUCAAAUUCUACAACAAAAGUAGAAGUUGAGAACGAGAAGACGAAGAAGCCAGAACACGAGCUUGCCAAAAGAAAGAUUUCUUCUCCUAGCCUUCACGAUGCAAAAACUCCAACGGGGAUACCCGGAUCAGUCAGCAUAGAUCUCAUGAAUUGUGACGAUUUUGAAAAGUUCAUGAAUGAACUAUCAUGCAGUAAUCUCAAUAAUGACUCAAAGAAGGCAAGUAUCACUGAGACAGAACCUUGUGAUAAGAAAGACUCUGUAGAAGAACAGAUUAGACCUGCAAAUAAAGAAAUCACUGGCUCAGGCUUGAAAGAGCAAACUGGUGUCAAGGACUGCUCUGGGGAUUCUUCAGCACCCAAUGCAUCAAUCCUCAACAUUGGGGAUUCAGGUUCAGUUCCACCUGAAGAAAUGCUACACUUAAAGGGAAGUAUUACUGAGAAAUCUUCUGAUAAGAAAGACUCUGCAGAAGUGCAUAUCUUACCUGCAAAUAAAGAUAUCACUGGCUCAGGCUCAAAAGAGCAAACUGGUCUCAAGGACUGUUCUGCAGAUUCAUCAGCACCCUAUGCGUUAAUCCUCAACUUUGCAGAUUCAGGUUCGGUUCCAUCUGAAGAAAAGCUGAACGAGAUAUUUAACCGUUAUGGUCCUCUCCAUGAGUCGAAGACUAAGGUCACGAAGAAGGGCAAGAGAGCCAAAGUGUUGUUCAAAAGAGGCGAAGACGCAAAGACGGCCUUCAGCAGCGCCGGGAAAUACAGCAUCUUUGGACCUUCUCUUCUAAGUUACAAACUCGAGUAUGUUUGCCCCAAAGCAAAAAAGGGCAACAACAUGACUGUUUGAUACACAGUCGGCAUCUCUGAGCUUGGUAAUCAGGGUUCGAACAGAUUAAAUCAGUUAGGUUUUAUGAUGAGAGUAGGUUUUUAAUAACUUAAAAUGAACAAUCUUGUGAUGGAAUGAGACUAAGCUUAGAAGUUUA